AGAUGUGGCACCUCUUCCACUGGGCGGUUUGGGCCCUCUUCACGGCCCAUGGAACGAGGGCGUUUCAGUCCUUCAGGCUUGCCGCUAUGACUCGAGGAUUCGACUUUAACAACACCGAUGCCGAAGUGCUGGGUGGGGCAUCGCACGAGUGCUACAGAACGUGCGUAGAAGGGGAUGUACGAACUUGCGUCUACAGCUUCACCGUUCUCGAAUAUACCACGAUGAGUUACCUCUGCGACAAUUGCCCCUACGAAAUCGAAGACUGCUACAAUACGGGAUGUGUAACUGCCGGCGGUCACGUUCGCGAAGUCAUAUUGGUGAACAACUUGCUGCCUGGACCCAGCAUCCAGGUAUGCGAAGGUGACACCGUCCAAGUCGACCUGACGAACACAUUAGCGACUAAAAGUACGACGAUCCAUUGGCAUGGACUGCACCAAGUCGGUAGUCCGUACAUGGACGGCACGCCGUAUUUGACCCAGUGUCCAAUUCUUCCUCAUAACACCUUCCAGUACAACUUUACAGCACGACCAGCUGGAACCCACAUAUGGCAUUCUCAUAGCGGUUUCGAAGAAGCGGACGGACUCUAUGGAAGCUUUAUAGUACGCAGAGCUAACGAUUCUCUAGCUGAAUACUACGAUUACGACCUAGCCGAACACGUGAUGGCUGUUUGGCACUGGUACUACGAACCCACAGGCUCGGUACUGAGGAGUGCACUUCAUAGAUCCGCUGAUGUGGUUGGUUACAGUCUGACGGUCAAUGGCUUGGCCUCUACCGUUGAGUACGAAAAGGAUGGUGUCGUUUACAUGACGCCUAGGGCUGAUUUCACCGUGACUCAGGGUUACAAGUAUAGGUUCAGGCUGAUGUACAACAGCGCUGUUUACUGUCCAAUUCAAGUAUCCAUAGACAAUCACACGCUGUUAGUAAUUGCGUCGGAGGCUGGAACGUUCGAGCCUGUCGAAGUUGAUUCGUUGAUCAUCAACGCUGGAGAACGGUACGAUUUCGUCCUGACUGCUGAUCAGUCAGUUGAUAAUUACUGGAUAAGGUACCGAGGCCUUGGCGACUGCGUUUCCACAAGUCUCUCAGUCACCUCGGAGGCUAUCCUUCGUUACAGCGGGUCGAACGAAACGGCAAAUCCGUCGGGAACGAUCGAUUACGACGACGGCAACAGAUCAGGAGCCCUGUUGAACCCGGUACAAGUAGCCAAUGAGACCUACUCGAACAACAGCUUGAUUUAUCUGGUGGACCUGAACAGCACUUUGGAAAGACAGCCCAACGUGUCUGGAACACCCGACAACAUAAUUUACCUGCAUUAUACUUACAAUUACUACUACAACUUUAGUUGGCCAGGACCGUACCCUCAAAUAAACGGUAUGACUUUCGAAUACCCAUCCAUCGCACUUCUCACUCAAUACAAUGAGAUAACAGACGACAUGUACUGCACGGAGGAGGACGACAGCGCCAAGGAAUGCAUCAGUGACUUCUGCUCCUGUGCAUUACUCUAUUCUGUAGACACAGGGAGUCUAGUUGAAAUCGUCAUUGUGGAUUUGGGAUUGGAUAGGUUUGACGAUCAUCCAAUGCACUUGCAUGGUCAUGCGUUCCAAGUUGUCGCCAUGGAAGCUAUAGGGGAGAAUAUCACCGUGGAGGAAGUGAUCAGCAGAAAUGAGGCCGGAUUGAUCGACAAGAAGCUGGAUCUGGCUCCGGUCAAAGACAACAUCGGCGUGCCAGCUCAAGGUUUUGCAGUUUUACGGUUCGUCGCGAACAACCCUGGAUUCUGGUUCUUCCAUUGUCACGUCUCCAAUCAUGCUGAGAUGGGUAUGGGGGUCGCGAUCAAGGUCGGGGACUACAGCGAGAUGAUUCAACCUCCGGACAGUUUUCCAAAAUGUAGAAACUGGAACAUGAAUUCCACAACUUCCAGCUCCUCGUCGUCCUCGUGGUAUUCAAUUGUGCAUAUGUCCAACGGGGGUCGUACGAUGCUUGGGAUACACAUAUUUAUCUUCAUUUUCAGAUACGUUGAUCCACUGACUUAAUUCUUUGAGUACACAAGAAUCACCACGCACAAAAAUUCUACAUACACAACACUGAACAUAUCAACAUUUCGCGUACAAAACACAGUAUGUAUUGUGAUAAGAUUUAACUGACUGUGACGUAUUCUGUGAUAGCUGGGAGUAUCAGAUAUUGAGAUUGUUGUAUCUUGAGAAUAAAAAAGAAAG